AUGGAUAUGAUCAAGCAGGGCAUAGAAGCUGGAAAUAAAAUAGCAGAGUUGCUGGCAGAUCAAGAUGUUGCAGAUUUCGGAGCAUCUUUGAUUAAAAUUUCGGGAAAGGUGACGAAAUAUUUAGAGGCUUUUUCGCCCGUCUUAGGACUUUUUCAAAUGCUACUUCCUGAUGAUCAAUCUAAUGAGAUUGAAGAAGGAUUCGCAAGGAUGGAUGCAAAAUUCGAUCAAUUAUUUAAUAGAAUUGACGACUUGGGAGACGAACAACAAAAAAUAUCACUCAAAACACAAUUUGGAGCGUAUGAAAAAAAAAUAACGCUCUUUUCUAAAAGACUUGACGAUUACUUGAAGUCAAAGGGAAAAUCAGAAAAUAUAUUCAUGGAGACUUAUGAUAAUAAAACCUUUGACGAAAACGUAAGGCAGUUGUAUAUGGCUAUGAUAAAACCUGCCUCAGGUCCUCUUAGUGAUUCGAUUCCUGCUCUAGUACGAGAGUUUACGAACGAGAAUCGUAAAGAUACUGAGAUGGUUAUGAAAAGAAUACUUCAUUUGAUAAUCCAGGGAGCCGCAAUCGAAAUGGCCUAUUACAGCCUUACAGAUGACGAAGAAAGAUACAACAAAACAAAGCACGAUUGGGAAGAAAAAAUUUUUAAAUUGAUAGAUCAUAUCAGGGAAAUAGAUGAAGAUAUGCGAUACAAUUACAUGGAUCAAGUAAAAGAGGACAUUUCAGUGCUGUCAGCAAAAAUGUAUGGAAGAUCAAAUAAAGACUUUGCAGACACAUUAUACAAAUUCCUCUCGCAGAAAUAUGAAUGGCGUAAAUGGGUAGUCGUUGUGUUUAACGCCGACGUUCCAAACAAAAUUAGACUGGCCCAAAAUGCGAUCCAACAAACACCCCAUGGCAGAAACGUUAUUGUGGCAAGUUCCAGUAAAGAUCGAGAACCAGAUAUAAGUAAUACCAAACGCCUAUUAAAAGGGGUUCCUUCAGGAUACAGAUGGAGUGAACAUGUUGGAUGGUGGGAAAGAGCUUGGCACUUUACAUACUACGACGCCAAUCAGCUGUUUAAUAAAAUACCAGGAAGCAUCUUAGGUUCUUCGGACUAUACUGUAGGAGUGGUAAGGAAAUACAGGUCGGAUCUUGCCAUCAGUGGCGCCGCUGAUAGAUACGCCCUGGUUUCUAAACAAAAUUAUAUGUAUGAAACUACUAGUGAUAAUUUGCGUGCUGAAGACGUAAGGUUUUGGAUGUUUGCUAUCUUCACAGAUAAAGAAGUUAAACCAGUUCGAGACGAUGAAACCUAG